AUGCCCUCUUUUCCCCCCGGCAAGCUGUCCAUGCUCCCAUUUUCCGCUCCGCCCCCAUUGUCUCCCCUUCCGCCUUCCCCGUCCGCGGAUAUCUUGCUCAAAUCGGCGCGCAGUGGCGGUGCUGGACGAUCUCAAGGCGGCGUGGGGCGCGUUUCCGGGGAGUGCCACGUGGCAGAGCGGCAGAGAGUGCGCGCGGAUGGCGGGCGUGACCUCCUGCACCAAUCUUUUUCUGCCUCCGCAGCCCACCUGUCCGCUACUAACAAUCCCAACCGACGUGCUGUUCCCCCUUUCUUAUCCCGACUCCCCCCUCUCCCCGCCCUCCCCUCCUUCCCCCUUCCCACUUUCCCAUUCCCCCCUUUCUGUUCCCCCCUUCCCCGCACUCCCCACACACCUCCCUCCCUCCCCGUUCUCUCUCGCUCUCCGCAUCACGGCUGCGCUGGCCGUGCCUGCUGUGAGACCCCUACUCACUCCUCUUCGCAUUCUCUUCCUUCUCCUCUUCCCACUCCUCUUCUCACUACCCUUCCCACACCCCUUCCCACUCCCCUUCCCACUCCCCUUCCCUCUCCCCUUCCCACUCCUCUUCCCGCUUCUCUUUCCGCUGCUGAUUUCACUCCCUUCCCACUCUUAUACCAGGAGAUCAUUCUAUCCCUGCUCUGCGUCUGCCUUGCUCCGGUGUCCCUUCCCCACUUGUCCCCUCCUUCACGUUCCUCCCCCUCUCCGUCUCCUCCUUCCCUGCUUCCCUCGUCCCUUCCCUGUCUCCCCGCGCGCCCCGCCCUGUCCCACCCAUCCCAUCCCACCAGCAACCUGCGCAACAACCAGCUCUCCGACUUCUCCUCCUUCUCUCCUGCCCCUGUCCCCUCCCUGUCUCCGCACCCUCCCCGCCCUCCCCACCCCGUCCCACCCCAUCCCACCAGUAACCUGCGCAACAACCAGCUUUCCGGCUUCCUCCCCACCGACUGGCCACCGUCCCUCGCCACGCUCCUGCUAGACAACAACUACCUCUCCGGCGAACCCGCACUCUCCUACUGCCCCGCCACCCUCUCCCUCCGCUCCAACUGCCUCUCCUUCCCUCCCCCCACUUCCUCCCCCUCCUCCUCCUUCCGUUGCGCGCGCCACCCCCAGCGUCCCGUCGCCGCCUGCUCCGCGUUCUGCGGCCUCGUCUCCCCGGAUCAAACGCCCUGUUCGGGCGUGGGCACGUGCCGGCUAAACAAGGCGGGGAAGCCCGUGUGUGAGUGCGAGGAGGGCUACGUGAACCGCGCUUCGCCGGGGUCGUGUGUGCCCGAGGCACAGACUGAGUCCUUCUCGCUCUCCCUCACCGACUCGCCCCCUGUGCGCCUCAAAGGCUCUGCUUCCUUCUCAGGAAAGCAGGACUCUGGCGUUGCUGCUGUUGCAGGGGUUGCGGGGGUUGCAGGGUUUGCUGGUGUUGCAGCGGUUGCGGGUGUUUCUGGAGCUCCUGGGGGGGGUGUGUCUGGAGAAGCAUCAUCAGCAUCUGAUCCAGGCGUGGUCCCGAUAUUCGACGUGCCACUGCCUGACAGCCCCUCACAGCAGCUGCUGGUGAGCCCUGCUGUGCGCGGUGCAUGGGGCGCCGUCACGCUGCUGCCGCUCGUCACGCUCUUCACCUUCUCCACCCCGCAGGACCCCUGCGCUGCAAGCACGGCAGGCAGGCAGGCAGCCGCAGCGGCAGCAGGAGGAGCAGCAGGAGGGGGAUCGGGGGACGGGCUAGCCUUUGUGAUAAGCGCAACGGAGCCGACAGGGGGGCCAGGCAUGGGGUACAAGGGCAUGGGGAAGAGGAGCGUGGCAGUAGAGCUAGACACACGAAAGGACGCCAAGAACGGUGACCCGGAUAGCAACCACGUGGGGGUCAACGUGGGGGGUAACAGCCGGUCGAUAACCACAGCUACUGUGGAUGGCCUUUCUCUGAACAACGGUGAGCUGCGAUACGUUUGGAUUAUGUACGAACCUGAUGCGCCUCCUGCUGGCGCUGGUAGCAGCAGCAGCAGCAGCAGCAGCGGCGGCGGCAGCAGUGGCAGCGGCAGCAGUGGAGGAGGACAGGGGGGUUGGCUGCGGGUGUUUGUGGCAGCAGCAAAGGUGCGGCCAGCGCGAGCGUUACUGGAGGUGCCUCUCUCGCUCUGCUCCGUGCUCAAGCCGUCCCCCGCACAGCCCUCGGUGUUCCUCUCCUUCUCUGCCUCCUCCUCUUCCUCCCCCGCACAGGCACACCGUGUGCCUUGGUGGGAGCUGCAGACAGCUCUAUCUGUUAACGUCCCUCCCUCUAUCUCCCUCUCCCUCUCCCUCUCCCUCUCCCUCUCCCUCUCCCUCUCCCUCUCCCUCUCCCUCUCCCUCUCCCUCCCCCUCCCCCUCUCCCUCUCCCUCUCCCUCUCUCUCUCCCUCUCCCUCUCCCUCUCCCUCUCCCUCUCCCUCUCCCUCUCCCUCUCCCUCUCCCUCUCCCUCUCCCUCUCCCUCUCCCUCUCCCUCUACCUCUCCACCAUCAACCCAACGACCCAUGCACACGCGCGCUCCUCUCCCAUCGCUCCACCACCCCCCAUCGCCGCCUUCUCAAACCUCCUCUCUCAACGCACCUCUCCACCACCCCACCAGGCUCAUCGGACCCCUGCUUCGGUGUGUCUCGCCUAUGCAUGUGGCGUGGGUGACAAGAAUCCCUGUGGCGUGGGCACGUGUGUGAAUGACGGCUACGGGGCAUACACCUGCGUGUGCCCACCCAACUUCUACCUCGGCACCUCAGAGUUCGGAGCUCCCUCCUGCGCCCCCGGCGAGAGUGACAACUUCUUGACAGUGACAGUCAGCACCAUGUGGUGCUACCACGUGCACCCGCUCUUUGGCCUCACCCUCGACGAGUUCCUCGAACAGAACGACGCGGUGGUGUGUGACCAGCCGCUGCCUGAGGGCGCGGUGAUCAACGUGAAGCCCAGCCCCGACUACUCGCCCUGCUCCGCCUUCUACACCACCGUCCAGAACGACACGUGUGAAUCCAUAGCCGCCACGUUUUCUCUCACCGGCUCCUGCCCGGACCCCUCCCAGCCCUGCGCCAUGGACCUGCUCCGCUUCAACCCUGGCUUCGACUGUACCAUCACCGCAGCAACAACUGCAACAAAAACACCAACAACACCGUUAGGCGGUGGCAGCAGCAGCAGCAGCAGCGACCUUGACAGAUCUCUACCCACUGGGCUGUCCAUGUGUGUGGAGCGAGCCACGUCACUGCUGCCCGUGUGCGGGGAGACGGUGACGGUGGAGAGCGCGGGGAAGGCGACGUGUGAGGCGGUGCUGGCGGGGAUGAAGCCGCCACUGAGUGCACUGGAGCUCUACCGCAUGAACCCCGGCAUCUACUGCCACCGCCUGCUGCCGCCCUCCCGGGACACGGGCUUCCCGGGGUCAGAGGUCUGUGUGGACAUCAUGGGCCCGCGUCGCCACGCGCUCAUCGUCGCGCGGAUAAUUCUCGCCCUCGCGCUGUUGCACGCCAUUCCGGACCUUACUACACCAUUUGGGGGAUCUUUUGCGGGAGGAGGAGGCGUAUUAGGCGGAGAAGGCGGGGGAAGCGGAGGAGCCGGAGAAGACGGAGGACAUGGAUUAGGCGGAGGAGGCGGAGGAAACGGAGUUGGUGAAGGAGGGAUUGCGGCGGAGCGGAGCUAUUCGCGCCUUAGUAGUACUAGCCGUCGUCGGUCGGCGUAUUCCCUGUUCGCCGCCGCGCAGAUCAUCAUAAACGAGACAGAUAUUCCCCGGUUCCAUCCCCCCCGCUCCUCUCUUCCCCCUCUCCCCCGGCCUCUCCCCCCUCCUCCCGUCGGCCUUUCCCCUUUUCUCCCGAAAAUCCGCCCAUGCCGCCCCCCUUUCACCUCUUUGUCUCACCGCUCGCCCUCCGCUUUCCCCCGUCCCCCGGGGAUCCCUGUUGAAUCGGCGCGCAGUGGCGGUGUUGGAGGAUCUCAAGGCGGUUUGGGGCACAUUUUCGGGGAGUGCCACGUGGCAGAGCGGCAGAGAGUGCGCGCGGAUGGCGGGAGUGACGUGCGACGAGAAGGGCAACGUGCAGAAGCUCAUGUUGAGUCGGAGGCAGAUCACCGGCUCGCUCCCUGCGUCUCUCGCCAAACUCUCGGCCCUCCAGCACCUGGACCUGAGCAGCAACAGGCCCAACCUGCAGCUGCUGUCAGUCCUCUUCCCUCUCCUCUUCUCACUCCUCUUCUCACUCCUCUUCUCACUCCUCUUCUCACUCCUCUUCUCACUCCUCUUCUCACUCCUCUUCUCACUCCUCUUCUCACUCCUCUUCUCACUCCUCUUCUCACUCCUCUUCUCACUCCUCUUCUCACUCCUCUUCUCACUCCUCUUCUCACUCCUCUUCUCACUCCUCUUCUCACUCCUCUUCUCACUCCUCUUCUCACUCCUCUUCUCACUCCUCUUCUCACUCCUCUUCUCACUCCUCUUCUCACUCCUCCUCCCACCCUUCUUCCUUUCAAAAUGAGCCACCUUUCAGUGCUCUCUCUCAUUCUCCUCUCCAAUUCACAUGCAGCCUUUCCGUCCUCUCCUCCCCUUCCUUCCUUUCGUUCCUUUCCUCCCUUUUCUCCUUCCGUCCGCCCGUCCUUCCUUUCUUCCCUCCAUCCCUCCAUCCCUCUUUCCCUCCGUCCCUCCUUCCCUCCGUCCCGCCGUCCCUCCGUGUCUCCUCGCCCUGCGUCCAGCAAUCUCCGCAACAACCAGAUCUCCGACCUCCUCCCCACCGACUGGCCCCCGUCCCUCGCCACGCUACUCCUAGACAACAACUACCUCUACGGUCUAGCCCGUCUCUCCUACUGCCCCGCCACCCUCUCCCUCCGCUCCAACUGCCUCUCCUUCCCCUCAGACCCCUCCCCCUUCUCCCCUUCCUCCUCCUUCCGCUGCGCGCGCCACACCCAGCGGCCCCUCUCCUCCUGCUUCGCCUUCUGCGGCCUCUCAUCGGAGCACCCGGAUCAGAAGCCCUGCUCAGGCGUGGGAACGUGCACCCUAGGCAAGGCGGGGAAGCCCGUGUGUGAGUGCGAGGAGGGGUACGUGAACCGCGCUUCGCCGGGGUUGUGUGUGCCCGAGGCACAGACUGAGUCCUUCUCGCUCUCCCCCACCGACUCGCCCCCUGUGCGCCUCAAAGGCUCUGCUUCCUUGGUGGGAGGGGACGUGGUGUCUGCAGCAGCAGGAAGGGGAUCGGGGGACGGGCUAGCCUUUGUGAUAAGCGCAACGGAGCCGACAGGGGGGCCAGGCAUGGGGUACAAGGGCAUGGGGCGGAGGAGCGUGGCGGUAGAAUUUGACACACGAAAGGGCGCCUGGAAUGGUGACCCAGAUGGUAACCACGUGGGGGUGAACGUGGGGGGAAACAGCCGGUCGAUUGCCACAGCUUCGCCGGACGACUACUUGCUGAACAGUGGAGAGCUGCGGCAUGCAUGGAUUGUGUAUGAACCUGAUGCUCUUGCUGCCAGCACCAGCAGCAGCAGCAGCAGCGGUGCCAGCAGCGGCGGCAGGAGCAGUGGAGCUGGAAGAGGGAGGGCAGGGAGGCUGCGAGUGUUUCUGGCAGCAGCAAAGGUGCGGCCAGACAGAGCGUUACUGGAGGUGCCUCUUUCUCUCUGCUCCGUGCUCAAGCCGUCGCUGUCGCAGCCCUCGGUGUUCCUCUCCUUCUCCUCCUCCUCUGUCUCCUCGGGUGUGCCUCAGGAGCACCGUGUGCUCUCGUGGGAGCUUCAGACAGGCCCAUCGGAUCCCUGCUUUGGCAUCUCUCGCCUGUCCCCUACCAGCGUCUACUGUCGCUCCGACGUCUCCUCCUGCCCCGGGGAAGCCAUGGGGUCGGCCGGUGAUGGGGGUGCCACUGCUGGUGCCACUGGUGGUGGCGCUGGUGGUGGCGCUGGUGGGGUGUUUACGAAGGAGUUUGCACCAGGAGAAGGAGAUGGAGGGGGAGGAGGAGGCGGAGGAGGGGGAGAGGGAGGGGAAGGAGGAGCCUCCUUCAUCUCUGCUCGCCCUCCCUCUUUCGUCCCCCACCCAACCACCCAUCCAGGAACGGGCAGGGACUUUUUGAUUGUGAAAGUGGAGACGAUGUGGUGUUACCACAUCUACCCCAUCUAUGGCCUCACGCUCGACGAUUUCCUGGACCAGAACGGGGAGCUGCCAUGCGACGCGCCGUUGCCGCUGGGCACGAUGGAGCUGCCAUGCGAUGCGCCCCUGCCGCUGGGCACGACGGUGAGUGUGAAGCCCAGCACGGACAGCACGCCCUGCUCCGCCUUCUACACCACUGUGCAGAACGACACGUGUGAAUCCAUCGCCGCCCUCUUCUCUCUCACGGCCUCCUGCCCGGACCCCUCCCAGCCCUGCACCACCGACCUCCUCCUCCUCAACCCAGGCCUCGACUGCACCACCACCACCGCAACCACAGCAACAACCACCACCAGCAAGCUCCCUACCGGCCUCUCCAUCUGCCUCGAGCGAGCCACUGCACUGGUGCCCGUGUGCGGGGAGACGGUGACGGUGGAGAGCGCGGGGAAGGCGACGUGUGAGGCGGUGCUGGCGGGGAUGAAGCCGCCGCUGAGUGCACUGGAGCUCUACCGCAUGAACCCCGGCAUCUACUGCCACCGCCUGCUGCCGCCCUCCCGGGACACGGGCUUCCCGGGGUCAGAGCCUGUGGCCAUGAAGGAACGGAUAGAUCUUGUAGUGUGGCCACCCAUUGUUUCCUAA